AAUUAAAGCAAAUAACUAUUCCUAAAUCUAUCAGAUAGACAUACGUUGAUGAUGGAAAAAUUCUCAAUGCUACUUAUAUGCUUUAUCUUAUCAAAAUGACUAUUCUUGAUAUUUUGUUCAGUACUAACUAUUCCUUUCUACAAAACUGAAGGUUUGCUGCGAAACGCUCUAACCGGAUUAUAAGCUUAACGUAACUGUUUCAGACGUCAAUUACUUACAUUUUCUUGCAACAAUCAUUCUUGUCGUUUAUUUAAGGCACAUAAGCUAUUCAUUGACAUUUAGUUAUUGAUUUCGAAUUAUUUAGUAUAAUGUUGUUCAGACUACCAAUUGCUCUGAGAAAAUGGUACACUUGGCCACAAUGGUUAGCGUCCUUUGAUGUUUUCCUUAUAUCAUUUAUGGUUGGCUUUCAAAAUGGAUGGGCAUCACCAAUUUUGGCAAAAUUACGGAGUGCUAAUUCAACGUUACCUAUAACAGAUUCUGAAGCAUCAUGGAUAGCAUCACUUUUAAAUGCAGGACGUGCUUUUGGUUCAAUAGGAGGAUUAUUCUGUGCUGAAUAUUUCGGUAGUAAAACCUCUCUUGUUCAAAAUGCAUUCAUCCAUGGUAUAGGCAUGGCUUGUCUUCUUUACGUAACUUCAGUAAAUUGGCUCUACGCAUCGCGAUUCAUCGUGGGAUUUGGAUCAGGCAUGUGGCAGACUAUUUUUCCUAUUUACGUUGGAGAAAUAUCCAAUCCAAAGAUCCGGGGUGCUCUAGUUAGUUUUAUCACUCUUGGCAUGCCAAUUGGCUACAUGAUAGGCAAUAUUGUUGGAGCUCAUACAACCAUGUGGGCCUCUGGGUGCUUUGGUAUAGCAAUAAUUGCCAUGUUUUUACUACUCUUCUUUUGGUUCCCGCAUUCACCUUAUCAUCUUGCGAUGCAUGAUCAAAUUGAUAAAGCUCUUGCUUCAAUAACAUGGUAUCAACGAGAUGCAGAUGCUGUUAUUGAAUUGGUAUCAAUUAAGGAGUAUGUUGAAGAAAAAAGAUGGCUUAAAUUAACAGAUUAUUUCAAUGAAAUGUUACGUGAUGUUAAUAGAAUAGCACUCUUUAAAGUUACCAUGAUUCAUUUAUUAUUACAAUUUGCUGGAUUUUGCACUCUUGGCUACUACAUGGAAAUAAUUCUUACCACCGCACAAAUUAACUUUAUGAAUCCUGCAGAUGUAGUUUCAGCUAUAGCAGGAGGUGGUCUUAUAGGUGGACUUAUAUCGAUAUACACUUGUGAUAAAUGCGGUCGUAAAGUAUCCAUGGGAGGUGGAGCACUCGGUUUUGCAUUUGGAUUGAUUGGAGUAGGAAUUUAUUUUCACUUAAUUUAUUUAGGUAUUCCAGUUGCUGAAACAUUCCAGUGGGUACCAGUUUUAAUGAUUAUUAUUUUAGAAUUUGCUAUUAAUAUUGGAAUAGAUCCAGUAGUUGGUACCAUUUUUAGUGAAAUGUUCGCGCCAAGUAUUAAAAUUACUGCUAGUAGUUUAAUUAAUUUUUUCUCUAGUGUUUUUGCUUUCAUUUCUACGCAGUGGUAUCAAUCAUUAGUUGAUGCCGUUGAAAUUCAUUAUGCAUUUUAUUUUUUUAGUACUAGUGCAGCUUUAUUAGCAGUAUUUUCAUUUUUAUUUUUGCCAGAAACUAAAGGUAAAUCUUUGCAAGAAAUUCAAAAAAUGCUUAGGAAUAAAUAAAAAAAUUUUAAUACUAGGUCGCGAUAUAUUAUUUUAUACGAUCAAAAUAAUUUUUAUGACACAUAACUAUUCACAGACAACUUCAAAUUAUAAAACGACUCAUGAUUGCUUAUCACAUGUUUGUCAAGUCAUAAAUAUCCACACAGUGAUACUAAGUUGAAUUGAAAUUGUUAAUGCUUGUAUAUUAUGUUUAAAAUCAAAGACAAAAAUAUUGAGGUAAGGUUAUUUGUUAAUUGUCUGUUGAAUUGAUUGUUGAAAAUUUACCAAAUGAGAAAUUUUGUAAAAUUACUUCACUCAGAAAUACAAAUAGUUCUUGUUUUAAAGUGGAUUUUAAAAAGAACUUAUUUAUAAAUAACUCAUUAAAAAUUAAUAAUUGUUUAAAACUAAAAAGUACAUCAUUUCACUGUUUUUAAGUAAUUUAACUUUUUUUCUCUAGCAUGGUUAUAAUUAAACAAUUUAGCGAAUUUAAUAAAACUAUAAUGUCAACGUAUUAUUUACGUUUUAGUAU